AUGUCAGAAGUUUCCAAUACACCUUUUGUCGACCCAAAAGAUACCAAUUACCACAAUGAAGGUAUGUUCUAUCGUUGGGUAUAUGAUCAAAUUGAUUUUGGCUCCCUCACAUUUUUGGUUGAUGUCAGUUCUUCGAUCAGCAAUGAAGCCUUCAUUUUAACAAAGAAAACUAUUGAAGGGUUUAUAUCAGCUUUUCCUCCAAUCCCAAUGAAAAUCAUUUCAUUUGGAAAAGAAGCUCAAAUAGUUAUUUCUGAAGAGACUGAUAAGACCAAACUUCAUACUGCUGUUGAAAAUUUCGCUCGUAAAAUCGAAAAUACCUAUAGUGAUGGCUUCAUAAAUAAAAUCACUAGAUCAUUUAAAAAAGAAGAGACCAAUAUGAUCCCUGCCAUCAAUCUAUGUAUUGAAGGCAUUGAUAUAAACAAUCCAAAGACAGGUUUGGUUUUACUUAUAACCGAUGGAAAACCUACUGAUGAUCCAACUGAAAAAAUAACAAGGCUCCUUAAGGAGAAAGUCGAGGUUAUAACAAUUGGAAUUGGCAAUCAAACUAUGAAAACAUUCUUUUCAAACCAUUUCAAAAACCAAAAGAAAUACUAUAUCGAAAGCUUUAGCAUGGUAAAUACUGCUAUUAAAUCAAUAAUGAGUGUUGCUGAUAUAGACCUACCGUUUAUUGUACGUUUCUUACAAGGAACCAGUACAUAUCAUUCACCAACAGAUAGAUUCCUUCCACUGAUUGUUGAGAUUAUUCAAAGUACAACUAAUGAUGGUAAAGAAAUAAAAGAUAUAGCAAUACAAUUUAUGAGCAAUGAAUUUUAUAAAGGAAACAAUAUACGAUUCGAUAAACCACUAGAGUAUGAAGUUCCUGUCAGAAAAACAAUGAAUCUUCACACCAAUGUUGGAAGCUCAAUCAACAAAUUCUCAACACAAAUAUUUUUCGAACUAACCUAUAACAAAGGAAAAUAUAAAGGUUAUUUUAAUUUAGAUAGCGCAUGGCUAUCUAAAAUUUUCAAAACAUUAUUUCCUCUGAACAUUUGUGUUCUUGGAUUGGUUGGUCAUGGUGGAAAUAAAAUUAAUGAUAAAGUGUUCAAUACCUUUGGAUCAUGUGAUCAUGUAACAAGAAGUUAUACUAAAACAUCGAUUGCAGAGAUUAUACGUGAUCUAAUUGUAAACAAAACUCAAGUUACACAAGAUAUAAUCGAUAAUAUCAAGAUUAAUCUUUGGGACUCUUAUGGUUUUAAAACAUCGAUUCCAUGUGAUAAAUUCAUUAAAUUUGCUGCUAGAGGAAUGCUACCAAAAGAUAUUGAUUAUAAAUUUGACCUGGCAAGCUUUGAAUCAAAGGAAAGAGAUGAUGAAUCUGCUAUUCAUUCAUUUGUUUUUGCCAUGAGUGUUCUAGCUUUUCAGAUUGAAGAAGAAAUUGCGUACUAUAAUUUAUUAUUCAAACUUUGUUCUGAACAAGGUAUCUCUCCAAUUCUUGUGAUUACAAAUCUUGAUCGUUUAAAUCCCGUGGAGCUUCAGUCUACUCUUAAUACCAAACUUGAUAUGCUCAAUAUUGAAAAAGAGAACAUUUUUUAUGGUGAUUCCUACAUCAAUGGUAAUAAUACUCGUGACCCAGCUAAGGAUCAAAUAUAUAUCUCUAUUUUGUUGAAAGCAAUAGAGAUUGGAGAAACUACUAGAGUUAAUCAACAAAAAAGAAGAAUUACCAAAGAGAAUGCUGCUAAAGCAAGACUUGAUAAUAAUAAUAAUAAUAAUAAUGGUGUAAACCAAUCAAUCCCUAAACCACAAUCUCCAAACACAUCAUCGCAAUUCCUUAUUAAUGUAAAGUUUAAAAAUGAAUCCAAAUUAAUCAAUUUCAAUGAAAACAGCACAUUAACAGAUCUUCAAACUAUCACAAGCAAAGCAUUCGGAUUUAAACCAAGUCAAUAUAGAUUUGAACUUGACAAUCAAAUAUUGAAUAUUGAUGACUCAAGAUUAUUGGAUGUAAUGAAAAAUCGUGAAAAGAAAACUAUUUUGAUACAGAAAAUAAAUUUAUAA